GAAUGCAAUGACUCAGCAGCUACAGGAUGAAUUUGACAGUAGCGUGGAAAAUGCAGAAGCUUGGAUGAAGGCCAUCCAAGAGAGACUGAGGAUCAAUGACAACACCAAGGGACCUCGAUCUGCCCUAGAAGCUAGACUGAGAGAGACUGAGAAAAUACGUGCGCUGGAACCAGAAGGCAGCUUGAAAAUGGACUUGAUUCUUGUGAAGGCAGAUGCUGCUCUUCGCAGCAUCAGUGAGGAUAAGAAGCAUGAGGUACUAUCUAAACUGAAAGACAUUAAAGCCUUGUGGGAAGAGACAGCCAUAUACAUUACUCACUGUCACAGCCGUAUUGAGUGGGUCUGGCUGCACUGGAGUGAGUACCUGAAAGCCCAAGAUGAGUUUUACGCAUGGAUUCACAACAUGAGGGUGACCUUGGAGCCUGACAUUGAGUUGCAGCUUGGCUUAAAGGAGAAGCAGUGGCAACUGAGCCAUGCUCAGGUUCUGCUGAAUGAUGUCUUAAAUCAGUCAGUCCUGCUGGAAAGGCUGCUAGAGGAAGCUGCUUCCUUGUUCAGAGACCCCAGCGUUGAUGAGGAUGUUCAGAAGAAAAUGAGGGUGGAAUAUGAAGGAAUCAGGGAAGAAGCUCAGAGUAGAGUGAAACUGCUUGAAAAGAUAACCAAGGAACAUGAGCAAUACAGCGCUAAUGUCAACCAGUUUCAAUCAUGGCUGAAUGGUGUGACAGAAGGAUUAAACUGCUGCAUUGGAGAAGCAACCAAGUCUUCGGCAGAGGACAAGUUAAAGGCACUGAAGGAAAUUGCCAAAAACAUUAGGAGUGGUGGAAAGAAAUGGAAGCACCUUGAAAAUCAGUGUGCAGAGGUGAUUCAGAAUACCUCCCCACUCGGAGCUGAGAGAAUCAAGGAUGAACUCGAAGAGCUAAAAAAAGCCUUGGAGAAGUUGAAAUUGCUGAGUAGUGAGGAGGAGGAGAGAUUGCUCAAGAUCCAACAGUCAGAAAGUGCCUACAAGUCCCAAGCCAGACAAUUAGAAGCAGAUAUCCAGGAGCUGAAAAAAGAUCUUCAGAGACUAGAAAAUGACCUGGACCCUGGGGAAGGGGAAAAGACUGAAGAUGAGUUUGUAACUCUGUGGAGAAGAUGCAAUGCAACGAGAGCAGCUCUGGCUGCAGAAGAGUCCAAGGUUGAGAGGCUGAAGGCUCAGCUUAAGGAACUGCUACGGUUUUCCCAAGAUGUGCAGCCACAUGCUGAGAGUGUUGUCUCUGCAAUACAGCAGUAUCAAAGUGUUAGAGGCAAGACAUCUAAAAUGAGCACUGAUACAGAAACCCAACUGAGAAGACUCUUCCAAAAUCCCCUGCAAGAUUUUGAACAGUGGAAGCCAUCGAUCCAGAUGCUCCUGGAGACCCCGGAGCCAGCGCUGGCUCACAUUGAGGCUGCUCUAGCUGAAAGUUCCCAGUUCAAAGAGAAGUUGAUGACAUUACAGCUAAAGAAAGAUUUGCUAAACAAUAUCCUUGGUGAGGAAAAAGCAAAGUCUUUCCUGCAAGAAGUAGCUGAAGCUUCGAAGGAGAGAGAAAUUCUACACAAAAGUCUGCUACAACGCAAGAGCAAACUCCAGAAUUCGAUAUCGCAACAUAAGGACUUUGAUGCUGGUUUUGCACCUUUGCAGAAGAAAUUAUCUGCCAUCAAAGCCAAAUUAGAUCUAGAGAAGGAACCACGGCCUGACCUCCUGGGUAAAAAGACACAACUCCAGAGACUCCAGAUGAUCCAAGAUGACUUGGCAGAGCUUGCGAUUCAAAUGGAGGAGGUAGAGAAGCUUGUACAGUCAAAUACCACACACAGGCAUGAAAUGAACCAACUUUCAUCUGAUUCUCAGGCCCUGAAGAGAUCACUGGAGAUGAUGGUACAGCAGAGUGAAGAGCACGUUCAGAAGCAUUGGGCAUAUAAUGACAAACUCUCUGACCUCCAGCAGUGGAUCACAGUAACCACGGAGAAGAUUGACUCCUACCAGAGUGCUGAUGGAGAGCAGAACACCAAGGGCAGGGUGGCAGACCUUGAGAGAUGGCUAGCUGAGUUUCCAGAUAAGGAGAUCCAGCUGCACCUUGUGGAAGCUCAUGGCCAGCUGGUCAUGGAGAAUUCUUCCCCGGAGGAGACUGCCCAUGUCCAGGCAGAGCUGGAUCAGCUGAAGGAGUCGUGGAGAUCACUGAAGGAGACGGCAACUGGUCUUCUCAAAAAGUGGCAGUUAAAUAGAUCAGUGGCUGAUAAGAAGAAGAAAAUAGCAUUUGUGGACAGCAGAUGGAUGUCUGGACCUGCCUUCCAUCUUUUAGAUGUGGAUCCCAACCAUAAGCAGGAGAGGAUAGGAGAAGGGCAAGGAGAAAACACCAAACUGACCAAAAUUCUUGCUGCGACUUCAUCUUCUACAGAGGAAAUUAAGGCACGCCAGAGCAAACUGGAGGAGCUGCAGUCUCAUGUGCCUGAUGGUCAGCGUCUCUUUGAGGACCUUCUUCAUCUUCAUCCUGUCAUUGGAAACUCUGAAGAUCUGGAGGACCUGCGUUACCGAUGGAUGCUCUACAAAUCUAAAUUGAAAGAGUCCAUGAGUUCAUUG